ACAGUACAAAGAAAAAAAAACUUUUGGCUUUCGGCCAUCCCCAAACCCUUAAAAAUGGGAAGCAACCACUUUUUAUCCCAAUACCCAAAAAACACCAAGAACACUCCUCUCUCUUAUCUCACGGUCUCUCAUCUGUUCAUUUUGUUCCUUUUUCCGGAAAAAAAAAAGCCUGUGUAAGAUUUCAUAUCUCCUUUUUGUUACUUGUUUAUCUUUUUCUUCUGGGUUUUCUUGCCUUUAAAGUUGUUCUUUGUGAGAAUAACAGAUCUAAAAGUUUCAUCCCACAGUCACCUCCUAUUUGGCCUUAAAUUUUCUGGGAUUUUUUUGUCAAAUUCUUUUUUUUUAUUUUUGUUAUAUAUCUGGGUCGGUUUUGCUUGCGGUAUUCUGCCGGUUGGUUUUGCUUGUGGAACUCUAGUAGCUGUUGUUUUUAUUUAUUUUUCUGUUUAAUUGUUGGAGUGCUUGUUACAAUUGCUUUGGAUUUCGUGGGGUGUGUAUAUUCUGGUGCCAUUUUCUUUCUUGGCUGGCAUGGAAGGAAUCAUUGUUAGAAGGGUCAUUCCCUCAGAUAACAGUUGCCUUUUCAACGCUGUUGGGUACGUUAUGGAUAAUGACAGAAACAAAGCGCCUGAGUUGAGACAGGUUAUAGCUGCAACUGUGGCCAGUGAUCCAGUGAAGUAUAAUGAAGCAUUUCUUGGAAAGCCAAACGAAGAGUAUUGUGCUUGGAUUCUUGACUCAGAGAAGUGGGGAGGAGCCAUUGAGCUUUCAAUAUUAGCAGAUUACUAUGGAUGUGAAAUUGCUGCAUAUGAUAUCCAGACAACUCGAUGUGAUUUGUAUGGUCAGGACGGGAAGUACUCCCAAAGGGUGAUGCUGAUUUAUGAUGGACUUCAUUAUGAUGCUUUGGCUUUAUCUCCAUUUGAGGAAGCUCCAGAGGAAUUUGAUCAGACCAUAUUUGUUGUACAAAAGGAUAGAACAAUUGGACCAGCCGAGGGGCUUGCCCUUAAUCUUGUCAGGGAGCAACAAAGGAAAAGAAGUUACACGGACACUGCCAACUUCACUUUGCGCUGUGGGGUAUGCCAAAUUGGAGUAGUUGGCCAGAAGGAGGCUGUUGAGCAUGCACAAGCCACAGGCCAUGUCAACUUCCAAGAGUAUAGAUGAUAAAAUUUGUGAUGAAAACAACCUUAGAGGAAGACUGAUAAGUUUACUUUGGUGAGCUCUUUUGGUGAUUGUAUCAUUCAGUCAAUAAAUUAUUGGAUUCUUUGGUAACCAAUAAAAUGGUCAUAUGCACUUUCAAACACUGGUUUGUAUCAAAGAAAGACAAAUUGAUGUUUCUGUCACUGAUUGAAGUUGGAAACAAUUCAUGAGUUUACUACUA